UUUUUAUUUGGAGGAAGUGAAGCAGCGUCUGACGUCGUCUUUCUUUCAGUUUCUGUGGAUUUAUAAAAAAGUGAUUUCAUGGGGAUGAAGCGUCUGAGCGGCCUGAUGCUGAGGAAAUGGAAGGAGAGGGAGCGAUGGAUUGGAAGGAGGAGGAGUGAACCCUGCGGAGCAGAAGAGAAGGACAAGGAGGAGAGGCAGACAGACAGGACAGACAGACUCAUGCUGAGGAGGAAGUCUGAACCCUGCGGACAGACAGAGGACUUUCAAAAGAUGGAAGAGAAGACGAGCGAGAGGAUGCGGAAGAAAGAAAGAAGGAAGUCUGAAUCCAACAUGGACGAGGAGGACAGGAAAGACAGGAAGAAGACAGAGAUGGGCAGAGGGAAAGGAAGGAGGAAGUCUGCUUCAUGGAUCAUGGCGGAGGACAGAGAAGGAGGACAGAUGGACAGAAGGCAGAAGGAGGCAGAUAGAGGGACGCUGAGACGGCGGUCAGAACCCUGCAGCAUUCUGUACAUCCAACUUCUUCCUCUGUCUGGCAGGAAGAGGAGGGAGCUGCUGCAGAGACGCACGGGACGAAGGACGUCCUCCAGCGCGGACAGGGAGGGACAGAUGAUGGCAGGGACAUCAGAACCCAUCAGACCUUUGGACAAUACCCACAGCCUCUGCUUCCCCCCUCCUCCUGCUCCACCCCCCCUUCAUCAGGAGGAGGUCAGUGUCUUCCAUCUGGAGACGUACCUGACGGAGCCGAGACGUCCAGAGACCAGGAGGCUGCGCUCCUUCUCCUCACCGCCUGACACGGGACAGCGCUUCUCCUCCACCUCCUCCUCCUGUUGCAGGCAGCUGGAUCCUCCUCUGGCUCCGCCUCUUCCUGUCAGGAGGCUGCGCCAGUGUUGA